GGCUUCUAUCUCCAUCCACGGAUACAUGCAAGAAGCCUUUUCGUCCUAAAGUCUCUUCAGGCUCUCAGGGAAACAAGCAAAAUGAAGAGUGAAGAAAAAGACGAAAAGGGUUUGAAAGCAGAAUUAGAUGGUCUCAUAGAAAAAAUAAAGGAAGCACAGGCCGCUGCAGCGGACAAGACACUUGAAGAUAUAUGCGGUGAUCUGUCGGACGUACCCAAAAUUCCAUGGAGAACUAAAAAGAUCCUCAAAGGACAUCUAUCCAAAGUGACCGCGGUGCACUACAGCGGGGAUAACAGGCACUUGGUAUCUGGCUCUCUUGACGGAAAACUCAUCAUAUGGGACACUUGGUCCGGAAAUAAAGUGCGCAUCAUCCCCUUGCAGUCCAGCUGGGUGAUGACCGCCUCCUUCUCUCCGUCCGGCAACCUGGUGGCGUGUGGCGGCAUGGACAACAUGUGCACGGUCUACGACGUGAAUUCGAGGGAUGGUCAGGGAUCGCCCAAGAUCCGGCGCGAGAUGAUGGGCUUCGAGGGAUUCCUCUCCUGCUGCAGGUUCCUGGACGACGACAAAAUCGUCACGGGAUCCGCCGACAUGAAGAUCAUGCUGUGGGACCUGGAGAAGGGAGACAAAGAAUUCGAAUGCACGGGCCAUGCGGGUGACGUGAUGAGCAUGUCCUUACAUCCGGACAAAACAACCUUCGUCACAGGGUCUGUCGACAGAACUAUCAAGUUAUGGGACAUCCGAGAUGGUCAAUGCAAGCAGACCUUUUGGGGACACGAAUCAGAUGUGAACUCCGUCUGUUUCCAUUCGAGCGGCUUCUACUUCGGCACCGGGUCGGACGACCGCACGGCCCGCCUGUUCGACAUCCGGGCAGAUCAGCAAAUCGGACUCUACCGGACGCCCGCAAACAAGAGCGGAUUCACGUCGUGUGCACUAUCCGCAAGUGGCAGGCUCAUCCUCUGUGGAUCCGAUGAUGCGGCCGUGCACGCAUGGGACACACUCAGAGGAAAAUACAACGGUUGCUUAACGGGCCACGAAAACCGCGUGACGUCACUCAGCAUGCCGGACAACGGGAUGGCCUUGGUGACUGGCUCCUGGGAUUCGAGUGUGCGAGUAUGGAACUGAUGAAGGACGAGUGAAUAUUCAUUUCACAGUUUUGCAGGCGAUGAAAAAAGAAUAUGUGACUGGGAUCAACAGCUUAGUGAACCUUACACAGUGAAAGAUUUUUUUUUUUUUUUUGCUUAUUUUGGUGAUGAAUGUGAAUUAAUGAACUUACCUAUUAUGUAUGGAAAUUUAUUAUUUUAUAACUAAAGCAAAAUGUUAUUUAAAAAUA